AUGUCUCUCCGUAUCAGCAUUUACGCCCUUCGACUCACGAUCGUCGUUAGCCGGGUGGUGCUGUGGUUUACCUUCACGUCUGGAGCCGUCGAUGUACACAUCUCACCUGACUACGCUUGGCUACUCGCCUUUGCCUUCAUGAUAACCCUUCACACCAUGUACGAUGCCGCCUAUGUGGCCGCUUGUACAGCCAACUUUGGGGCCGACGCUCGCUUCGAUGAUGCUUUCCACGUCUUCAUCACCCUCCUCGACAUGCAAAUGGCGAGGGCGAUUCGACUGACCGUCGCGGGAGACCACGGCGAGGCAGUGCUUCGUUGA